CGUUUUACUGACCUGAUCCCUACCUAUCAUUUACGUUCCGGCACUUCAAUACUAAUGAGUACAGUGUCUAAAGUAAUAAUUAGUGUACCAAGAUUUUUUUUAGUAAAUCGACAAUUAUUAUUUACCACGAUGUUGUUCUAUUUAUUUGUGAUUUUAUUCGCCAGUGGUCUUGCUCAGGCAGCGCCAACAGAAUCAACGAUAACGGAUUUGAAAGGAGUAAUUGAAGAGCUGACCACAUUGAGACCAUCGACUGUUAACGAAACAGUUUAUUCAGAUGCAAAAGCCUCUCAAGCUCUCGGCAGUCCAUUAGAAUCUGCUGGCACGUCUAGAAACGUUUCAAGAGAAAUUAUAACAGGAUCGCCUGAAGCAUCAAGAGCCACCAACAUAACUGAUACUGACACAAUUAUACCUGUAGAUACAGUGACUCCUGUCGCCGAGCCCAUUGUCUCGACUUUGAAGACCAAUGUAGUUGGCGAAACUAUUAUUAGUACCACAGAAAUACCCCAAGCUUCAACUACUACGUCAAGUAUAACAGUUGUCGGAAUGGCCGACGAAUUAAGUACGGGCGCUGAAAUUACUUCUACAAUGCUUAACUCGGUUGAAGAUGAUGGUGUCAGUGCUCUUACACUAGAAUUUACUACAGAAGCUCAAGUGUUUAGUACUGCUACAACACCAAUUACAGAUGAUAUAAUUAGUACUUUGACACGUGUAACAACUACGGAAUCAUUUAUUGAUUCAACAACAUUGGUUAAAUCAGCGACAGAUGAGUCAACUGGUACUGUAACACCAGAAAUAACUACAAGUGCACCGACUACAGAAACUGAAAUAAGUAGUACUACAACACCAACUACAAAUGAUGAAAUUAGUACUUUGACGCCUGAAAUAACUACGGAAUCAUUUUUUGUUUUAAUAACACCAAAUGAAUUGACUUCAGAUGGUAUAAAUACUACUUUAACACCCGAAAUAAUUACAGAUCUACAAACUACCGAAUCUAAAAUAAGUAGUACCAUAGCACCAACUGUAAAUAAUGAAAUUAGUACCCUGACACCAAAAAUAAUAACGGAAUCAUUCUUUAUUUCAACAAGAUCAAGUGAAUUGACUAAAGAUGGUAUAACUUCUACUUUGACACCUGAAAUCACUACAGAAUCAUUCUUCGUUUCAAAAAUACCAAUUGAAUCGACUACAGAUAGUACAACUACUACUUUGAUACCUGAAAUGAUUACAGAUGCACCAACUACAGAAACUGAAAUAAGUAUUACUACAACACCAACUACAAACGACGAACUCAGUAUUUUAACGCCAGAAACAACUACUGAAUCAUUCUUCGUGCCAACAACACCAAAUGAAUUGACUAAAGAUGGUACAAGUACUACUUUGACACCUGAAAUAAUUACCGAUGCUCCAACUACAGAUGAUAAAAUUAGUACUGUAAUACCAGAAAGAACUACAGAAUCAUUUAUUGCUUCAACAACACCAUUCGAAUCAAUUACAGAUGGUGUAUUUAGUACUUUAACGCCAGAAUCAUUCCCUGCUCCAAUAACACCAAUUGAAUCAACUACAGAUGGUAUAACUACUACUUUAACACUUGAAACAACUACAGAUGCACCAACUUCAGCAUUUGAGGCUAUUAAUACGACACUGAACCCAUCUACUAUUGGUGUAAUCAGUGCUUCAAUAGUAGAAACACCAACUACUGAAGAAACUGCAGUACAAACCGAUGAAAAUACUACUACUGCUUACAUCUUUCACACCAGUCAGUUUGUUCUGAAACACGAAACACUGGAAUAUUGCAACUGGUAUCAAAUUAAUUGCAACAAUUAUCUCAAUCAUCAAAGUUUCUGUACAUACUUAUUGGUAGGGGAUUGUAAUAACUUUAAAGCUUAUCAAAUUUGGCCUAUUAAACAAUUGGUUCGAUCGUUCACAUAUUUUCCAUACACAUUUAAUUACCAGUAUGUUUAUAAGGAACAACGUUCCUACGGAUGUAAUUUAUAUCGAGUUAAAUGCGAACACUACUAUUUUGUUAAUAUAAAAACUGAACACUGUAAUCAUGAAUACGUCGGCGAAUGCUCUAAUUAUCAAAUGAUUAAUGUCAUUAAUUCUUCAUUUUAUUAAAUGAAAAUUAUAUUAAUUUUUUAGUUACUUUUGACAAUAAAUUUUUUCCACAAUUUUAAUUUUUCUGUACAUAAAAUAUAAUCACUAUUAUAAUGAUAUUAAUGAACAAAAAAUUUUAAAUCAAGUCAACCACUCGACAUUAUUGUUUUUCCAACUGAAUCACCUCAAAAUAAAGAUGAUGAAACAUUGUUAUAACUCAAUUCAAUUAUCAAUGUCAAGAAAAGUAUUUACAUUAUCAAAGCACUUGAGAAAACCCGCUCUAGUUAUUGAAAUUCUUUGAAUACGAUGUUUUUAAUAUAACUUGUAUAUUCU